AAAAAAUGAGUAAUCAUCCUGCAUCUCAAAGACCACCUUAACCAGUAUAGAAUGCUCCUUAAGUGCCGGUUGCAUAUUCACCACCAAGAACAUAUGCACCACCAGUUGCAUUUGCAAGUCCAUCUUAUUAUCCUGUCUAAUAAUCAGUUGUUGCUGCUCCAGUCUAAUAUGUUCCUUAAUAAGUGGCAGUUCAACCAGUAGUUUAACAAGUGGCAGUGCAACCAGUUGCUGUCUAACCAGCUUAAUAAGUAAUUAAGGGUGAAAGUAGAAUUGAGUAAGAAUUAAAAUUCAAAUAUUAUUUUCAGAUACAUUCCUUAUGAGAAAUCAGUGAUUGAAUAUGAAGAAGUCAGAUAAAGAAUUCAAGUACCAAGAGAGAAAUAUGUCACUGAGUAUUAAGCUGUGGAAUAUUAGACAGAAUAUAUUCCAUAAGUUUUUUAUGAUAAAGUUACAGGUAAAUUAUUAAAACAUAACAACAAUUAGAAUACGUUCCUGUAGAUAGAUAUCAAGACAGAGUUGAAUAUUAUCCAGUUGAAAGAUAAGUGGUUCACUAAUAAUAAGUUGUUGCUUAACCAGUUGUUUAACCAGUUGUUUAAUCAGUUGUUUAACCAGUUGUUCAAUAAGUUCCUUAAUAUGUUGCACCUAUUCAAUAACAAUAUGUUGCACAAGUUCCAUAAUAAUAUGUUGCUCCAAUCCAAUAACCAUAUGUUGCUUAAUCAUAUGUUUAACCAAGUUAUUAUCCAUCCAGAAUAGCUCCUAUUUAUAAUCAAGCUCCUUAUUAAGGAAGACCAGUCAGUUAACCAAGAAGACAUGUAUUUAUUUAUCAUAUAUUCCUAGUCACCACCAACUAAACCAGUUUAAAUUUAGAAAUAACCAUAAGAAAAAAAGAAGACAUUUUUAGAAAAUAUCUUUAGUUGA